AUGUUGUCAAUGGAGCCUGAGCACAAAGAGAUGAACGAGAAUGUUAUACAGGGAACUCAGGUGGAAGAGAGACCCUAUCAAUGUAGCCAAUGUGGAAAAAGCUUCAAACACAAGUCGAACCUUUAUCAGCACCAAAGAGUUCACAAAGAAGAGGCCCCCUAUAUAUGUAAGCAGUGUGGGAAAAGCUAUAAGAACAAGACGUCCCUUCUUCUGCAUGAAAGAAGUCACACGGGAGAGAAGCCCUAUAAAUGUGAGGAAUGUGGAAGAAGCUUCAGUCGUAAGUCAAACCUUACCUCGCACCAAGUUAGCCACACUAAAGAGAAGCCUUAUAAAUGCUCAGAAUGCGGGCAGAGCUUCAGUCAAAAGUGCAACUUGAAAGUACACCAGAGAACCCACACAGGGGAGAGGCCAUACAAAUGCUCAGAAUGUGGCAAGAGUUACCUUACUCAACCCAACCUUACAGUGCAUCAAAGAAUCCACACGAAAGAGAAGCCUUAUCAAUGUGAAAAAUGUGGGAAGAUCUUCAAUCAAAAGAGCACUCUGAACGUACACCAGAGAACCCACACAGGGGAGAGGCCAUACAAAUGCUCAGAAUGUGGGCAGAGCUUCAAUCAAAAGAGCACCUUAAAAGUACAUCAGAGAAUCCACUCAGGGGAGAGGCCACACAAAUGCUCAGAAUGUGGCAAGAAUUACAUUACCCGAUCCAACCUUAGACUGCAUCAAAGAAUCCACAGGAAAGAGAAGCCCUAUAAAUGCUCAGAAUGUGGGCAGAGCUUCGAUGGUAGAACACAUCUCAACGCACAUCAGAGAACCCAUGAAGUGGAGAAAACAUACAAAUGCUCAAAAUGCGACAAGGACUUUACUUCUCCGUUUGAUCUCAUUAAACAUAACAGGAUGCACAUUGAAGAAGGACCUCACAAAUGCUCAGAAUGCGGAGAGAGCUUCAGGUGCAGCACCUCCCUUAUGGCACAUCAGAGAAUUCAUAGAGGAGAGGAGCCAGAUUUUGGCCUGAGCCAUGCUUCUGAACCAAGUCUUGUUGAACAUAAUGUAACCCGCCCUGAAAAGAAAUGUUUUGUAUGUUCCAUUUGUUCCAAAACAUUUGGGUGCAGCGGAAGCCUUGGGUUACAUCAACUGAAGCAUAAAUAG